AUCAGAAUACCGAUCAGUACGAAACGAGCAUUGUUGUUGAUAUCAUGAAAACGCACAAGUGUAACCUGACGUAAAAUGAAAGAAAAAUGAACUCAGAUUCUUAAUCAACAAUUCAUAUAGAUUAAAAUUAGAGAUCUGCUCCGGGUAGAACUGAGAACUGAGAUCACCACCCUACUGUAUUUAUCACCUUAAGUAUUAAGUCCCAGGAACCAUGAUCUAUGGAUGCUAGAGGUUUGAUAUGAAAAGAAUGGAUCCGAGAAUGGAGCAUAGACCUCCUCUUGGAGCUACGGAGAGGAAUCAAGUUAACCUUGGAUAUCCUGGAUAUCCCGGAUAUAUAAAUCAGGUUCAACCCAACCAUGGAUAUCCUCCUUACCAAUCCAACCUCAUUCAACCUCUUCCUUAUCAGUUUAACCAUGCUCAAGGAUAUCCUAGCCAACCCCUACAGUAUACCCCUCACCCCUACCAGCAACUUUACCAGCAGGAGUUUCAACCCUCCUACCACCAAAACCAGGAGUUUAUUCAGAACUUUCCUAAAACCCCCCAAGAUUUUACUCAACCCAAAAGUAGGACGGAUUCUAAGUUUGUCCUGACAAGACAUGGUCCUGUUGGUUCUGCAGGACAAAGCACAGCUGCCGCAUCUUUUUACGCACGAAAUCAAACCAAGAUGUCCGCCCAGUUACCCAAGCAGGUUGACAGGUUCGGUACAAAUAGCUCGGAGGAGGAGGAGAAGUUAAAAACCAACUUCCGUGCAAUUAUUUGCCGAGCUCCGCCCCCUAUACCAUCAGGACUACUUGCGAGAAUUGAGAACGGUGAAGAGGGUGGGUUGGGUAAGGUCAGAGUUAUUGUCAGAAUAUCAUCAAAGAAACCGAGGGAGGAAGAGCGGACACGCUUUUUUAACGUUGAUAAGAAGAAAAGGCAGAUCACAUUGUUGGACCCCACAGUGGGCCGGGGUGAGAUACCUAUUGAGGAGAGGAAGGUGGGGGUCGCUGCCCCUAAAAUGUUUGCGUAUGACGGGAUAUAUUCCAGUGAUGACAGCCAAGAGGAAAUAUCAACUGCUUGUCUGACUGAUGUUGUAUCUGCAGUGAUAAACGGAAAUGACAGUUGUCUAUUCUGUUUUGGGCACAGUAACCUAGGUAAAACCUACACCAUGAUAGGUGAGGACACUUGCAAAAACUCUGUCGGAGUAAUCCCCACCGCAAUUGCCUGGCUCUUCAAAUCCAUCAAGGAGCGGAAACAAAAAACUAGUGCACGCUUCUCUGUGCGCGUUUCAGCAGUGGAGAUUAGUCAGGAAGAGGAAUUACGUGAUUUACUCGCCAAAUAUGCUAGUGAUAGUGAUCAAUCGCCUGGGGUUUAUCUCAGGAACCUUCCAGCCUCGCAAACCUGUGUCCUCCAGAACCUGGCCGAGGUCCGAGCUUCAAGUGUUGAGAAGGCUGCUUACUACCUGGAUGCUGCUCUAUCAGGCCGGUCAGUUGAUUCACAGAGUAGAGAAGCCCACCUCCUCUAUACCAUACAUGUGUACCAGUAUAGUGUGGACAAGGCAGGGAAAGGGGGCGUGGCCGGAGGGAGGAGUAGGCUUCAUCUCAUAGAUUUUGGAGGUUGUGAACGGUCUCAAAUCCCAGGAAAUGGUAUAACUCUCUCCGGUCUUGGAAAUGUAAUUCUUGGUAUCUUUAACGGACAAAAGCAUUUGCCCUGCAGGAACAGCAAGUUGACCGGGGUUCUGAAAGAGUGCUUAAGCUCACUAACUUGUCAUGCCACAAUGAUUGCCCAUGUAUCUACAGAGCCUAGUCAUUACUCUGAGUCCUUACAUACACUACAGCUUGCAUCAAGAAUACAUAGGAUGAGAAGGAAGAGAAUAAAGACAGGUUCAAGUCGAGGAUCAACAUCAUCUGAUGAGAAUAGAAGAUUUGGUCGGACACGGAGUAUUGACGGAAAAUCAGGGAGUUCAGAUUUUACAACCUCCACUGAUCCGUCCUCAAGUGAGAUGUCCUGUAACACAGUUGUAUACAGAGGACACAGUGACGGAAGUGGGACGGAUGGAGAGCAUCCUCCUCCCCUCCAUAGGUUCAAGAGGAAUUUGAGCGGAUCCAGGAUUCUCACCAACGGAGCAAUAUCACCCAGAUUAAGUGCUUCUCCCCAACCCUUAUCCCCAGCAUCUAGUCAGUAUUUAAUUAGUGGAUCCCCUGCCCGCCUUACUCCGACCCUACCCCCCAUCAAGGAAACUAGUUCGCUUGCCAAGAUGCCAUUAAAUGGCAAAGUUCCUGGAUAUAGACAACCUGCAGAAAUCUGGAUAGACGGAGAUAGAGAGAGACAGAGAAGUGUCCCACCAGCAACUCAGAAGCAGGUGGAGAAGAGGUACGGGUUCAUGGACGACUUCAAGGCGAACAUGAUCAACCAUUGGGUUGAGAAUCAGAAGUCAAGAGAUGACUCCGGCUCCCUUUAUCUUACUCAGUUCAAACAGGCCGACAGUGACUCAGGGUCGGAGAAAGUAGUUUCAGCUGAAACCCAGGCAGAGGUUCAUAUUCCGGAGAACAGUUCUGUUCAGCAAAAGAAGCCUACUCCACCCCCUCCUCCACCCCGUAGAUCUAGUUCUAAGGAUAAAGAACUUCAAUCCUACAUACCUUCUCAGCACCCUGAGCAACCUGAACCUGUUGACAAGGUUGGGACAGAUUAUCUCCGGGUUGGAGACAACCCUGAGCUUGAAUCUGAUCUUGAACCUAGAAUUGAGACUGAUAUCCUGCUGCUGAACCAGAGGGGAGAGACGGAGGGCAGUGAUUGUUCUGAACCUCUUCCUGAACCAAACUUCGAACAUUUGUUCCCUCAAACCAUUAAAGGAUGUGGAACUCAGAAGGAAGAAGUUAUCUAUGUGCGGGAUUAUCAGUCUCAAGUCUCGGAGACAUCUCUGGAUAGGCGCGAUGCGUCCCGUUUUAAUUCUCUCCCUCGCCUGGAUCCGUCCUUGAACCAGGAGCACGAGCAUCCUCUCAGGAUUCUGAGUGAGGAGAACCUAACUGUUGUUUCAACGUUUGUUGCUGACCUGGAGGAUCUAGAUGAUGAGGAUGAUGAGGCUGAUGAGGAUUGCAGAGCGAGUAAACUCUCAUUUUUCGGUGUUCCUGACUACGGUGCGUGUGAAUCAGAUCUUCAGGUUUCUGAUGAUCAAUAUUUUGAGAAUAGACUAAAGGAGUUAAGACGAAUGGCCGAGCAUAAAGAUGGCCGACGAAAUGAUGACUGUGAUAAAACCCAGACCUCCGGAGCUGUGAGGUCCCCUUUCUCCGAUCCUAGGUUUAAACAAUAUGAAACCAAAGAUUCACUCUCCACCUUUGCUCCGGGUGCUGAUAAACCAACCCUUCCCGUUGUAACCAGGACGGAGAGCAGAGAGAACUCUCCUCCUAAGUCCAAUGAGCUAAUGACUCCUCAGAAGCAGUUUCAACUUCUCUCUCAAACCCUCCGUAGACCUGACGGCAGCUCUAACCCAGAUAUAGACAGAGUUCCUCCGGCAAAAAGAUCUCCGGGAAGUGGACAGUCCAACUCCGAUCCUGAUGAGGAAUUGAUGGAAAUCGGAACCAAUCAAACUCAGGAGGUUCCAGUUCCACGACCAGAACCAAUAACUCUGAUAAAAGAACCUAAUCUAAAGAAGGAACCUAAGAAAAAAGAAAUGUCCAACAUUGCUCAUCUUCUCCUCCGUAUAUUUGGUUCUUCUAGGAAAAAGAACUCCAAGAAGAAUGAUCAGAAAAGAUCUAAAAGUUGUGAACGUGAGCUGGAGGAGACUCCCCAACCUGGAUUCUACAAAAAUAUCAAGUCUGCCAGUUCCAGUCCACUGAAGCGUGCAGACAGGAGAGAACGGGUAAAAACCGACAAGGGUUCAGAGAAACAAUCCCAAAAACAUGGAAACCCUGACACGUUCCUCCUCACCCCAUCAACACUCAGUCUAGCAACAGAGUGGGAAUUUCAAAAUAAAGAGGAUGAGUUGAAUGGAAACCACGAGAGGCACGAAAAUGAUUGCAGAGACGAAAACAGAUUUCUCCAUCCUGAGUUUGCAUACCAGUAUAGUUCGGUCCUACAGAGACAAGAACGGAAGAGCUCCGGGUAUGAUAGUUUUGAGGGAGAAAAUUCAAGCUUGGACUCCGGAAACGGAAACCCUGGAGACAGGACGGACGGGUGUUACUCCGGAUACCAAGAUGUACUGGGAGGAGGACGGAUGGCGGAGUAUUCAGUUCCUCAACUUUACUCAGAACUGGACGAAAUUACUUUACUCAAGUUAGAGAUAAACAGACACCCGGAUAUUCUGAAUAAAAACUACUGAGCAUGUAAACUUGGAUUUUAUUCCAAUAAACCUUUCUAGUAUUUGUCAUAUUUAACUAAAUUUUUCAUAAAAUAAAUCUAGAAUAUAA